UCUAGACACACCGCUCGAGAGCAAAGUUUGCAGUUCUGGGCGCUCUACUUCUGUGUGUGAGAAAAAUAGAAGACCGCACGCAGUACCUUGACGCAAAAUGAUGUUCGUCGUUGUCUCAUUUGUCUUCUCGUUCGAGCACACGGCGGAGCCCGUUGCGUAAGCUGUACGGAGAGCAGGCGGGGCCCGAAAGGGUGGAACUAAACGAACAGGAACGAAACGAAUCCACGUGAAAAAAACUUCCGCCCCAAGUUCAAACAAAAUCUGCAAACCAUACUGAUUUGUGAGCAGGCGCGAACAGCUGUCGCAUUGUCAUGCCGGAAUGGAAAAGCGAGCUUAAGCCUCACACAAAUCACUCGGAAGAAAUCAGUUUGGAAGCGUCGCUUUUUGCGUUCCUAAUACUACCACUCGAUUUGCGUACACAAAGAAAGCGCUUGCAUGGGGUGAUUGGCAUGAUUUUUCUGAAGGAUAAAAUGGACCAGCGGGAAGGAAAAUCUGCAGCUCGUGACCACCAUGGCGACAGCCGGCAAGCCCGUCGUCGGAAUGUGGGCACAAGCUGACGACUUCUACCCCUACCGCAAAAAGCUGCCAUCCGGCGUUUACCUGACUAUCCUGUGGAAAAAACUCCUUCCUAGGUACCCGAGACUUGUCAUGGGUGUUUGCAUGCCCGCCCACCGCGACGCGUCGCUGAAGACGACACGUCGUGGUCGGUGGGUCAUUGUUUUGCAGCAAUACAGGCUGGGGAGAGAAGCAUAGUAGCUCCCGAUCUAGAAGACAAGCUGGGCAAUAAAUCCAGCUCGUCUAUCAGCUGAGGAAAGAAUGACCAAUGUCAUCACCCCCUGCAGGGUGGGAAAGAUUUUGCUUCCUCAGGAUACGCACGCACGAAUUUUUACCGACCCACAAUGUCCAAACCGUCCGGGACUUCAAGGCCCAGCUCCUGUCGAACCGAGAACUCAACUUCCCCCCCGACAAGUAUCAACAUGGAAGAUCCUUACCUUAGUGUGUCAUCUUCGAGAAAUGCAAAAAUGAAAGCGAUCUGUCAUGCGGACUGAGUCCCUCAGUAUCGGAAAAAAAAAACCUGUUCUCGACGUCUCCGAUUCUUUUUGCAUUUUUGCAGAGGUGGCAUCCUAGCCUUUUUCGAUGGGAUACGGAGUUCCGCGUGCUGAAGAAAUAUCCGGAGGUAUCAAACUGAAAAUCACCCUGCCCCCAGAGCUCCCGAAGAUGAUAUUCGCUCUAUCCGUUCCACAUAAAAACGCGUUUGUCUUGCAUGCGAAACAUUUACAUUAGCCUCUCAGCAUCUUUCCUAAGUUUCGCUAUCUUACCCUGGAAACUGUUCUUAGACCAGGAAGGAGUCCAUAAAUAGACGGCUGCGUAAUCAUGACGAACUGUAAAGGUUGGUCCUGCCCCAUCCGGGUGUUCCCGCGUUCCAUGAACUCAACCUGGUUCCCCUAAGCAAUGAAUAUUGUUCCUCGUUCUCGGGAAGGGGCGGUUUUGAAGAUGAUACGACUAUCGCUUAUGGAAGUGUCCGGCUGGAAUUCGACAAAAUGGAAACCAAGAUGUCGAUACUUUCUUGUCACGCAUAACCAUAAAAGCGAAACCAUUCACACGGCAAGGUGUGGAAACACCCAAACAAAAUUCGUUCUGCUGUUUGGCGCAGGGCAGACCUGGUUUGCGGUGUUUGUUCAAAGGUUGCUCUUCUGUUAGCCUAGAUCUGCAACCCACCUUGCCAAACCAGACCCUUCUGCUUGCGUCUCGCAUUUUAUGGACCAUAAAUCGUUUUCAUUUUGAAACCUUCCAGCCUGAUACGCAUUGCAACUAUAUCUGGGUCUGCAAAAAAUAAUGCAAAAUUUAUAAUGCUCAGCUACCAUGCCUCUCACGUUUGUCACGCACCGUACUCAAGCGCCCCAGUUUUCUGUCGUGGAGCAACACAGAAUUCUGGCAACACCAUCCUAGCAGCUCAAAAACUUGUCAUGCUUGGCUGCGAAUUGAGGCGUCCUCGUGAGCGCCCCUUCCGCAUCACAAGUUUUUCCAGACCCUGAUAUAUGUGCAUUUGAUAACCGACACUCCCAUACAGCUGCGAAAUCGGACUAGACGACCUCGAGGCCCCUCUGUUUCUCUAUCCUAUGCAAAAACGUCCCCACACCAUAGUUGUAAUGCAAAUCUGCAUGCCAAAAACGUUUCUCAUGCAGAGCCCCAUGAGAAGCGUUUUCUAUUCGUAUUUGGGAAUUUGUGAUGCUCGAAUCAGAACAAUAUGCUGGAUCUGUAAUGCUUCUGAACAACUAGCUAAACAGGAUUACACUAUGGAGACAAACUUGUCAUGCGAAACAACCAAAGCUGGUGGAUUUGUAUAGCAGAUUUCGCAUCUUGAUCCUGGUGUGGGAGCGUUUUUACUCAGGAUGCUGCCGACAGCGAACCCAUAAAUCUGACGCUCGUGCGGGUCGAUUGCACCCUGCCACCUGCGGAGAAGCGCAAAUCCUGGAACCGAGAGCGGGAUCCGACUCCGCACAAGCGGCCGGACGCGCGGUUGUACAAGUGUCCGCCACUGGGACCGCCAGGGGAUCCCGAGCCCGCGGUUGCUACGGACGCGUCACGUAGGAGCUCGUCAAAAUGAAAAUGCUCUGUCAUGAUUCGGCUUUUGGCUUCUCACCCGCGCAAAAGCACUGCGGCACGCAAUACAAAGGCUCGCUUUAGGAUCCCUGGAAAUGGCAUGCGCCCCUGAGCAGCACAUACAAAUUUCAUCUCUGUGGCCAAAGGAACUAGUCACGCAUUGUCUUGCUAAUUUGUACAUCCAAGUGGAACUCGUUCCGCGCCAAAAAUUUUCUAGCUUUCCUACCUUACACAACCAUAGCUGA